UCUCUUUCCGCUGCUUUGCAGUGGCCUAACCUGCCGGACUCGUUGCUCGAUUCACCUUGCCCCAUGUGCCGCUUGGGUCCUAUUUGUGCGGUUGAAAGCUUUAUAUCCCUGAAGCUUUCAUGACGGAAAGUUUGGUUUUGUAGUUCCAGUAGGUCGCGGAUCGUCAACCUUUCUGCUUCUCUUGUGACCUCGGAAGUGCUGGUGCUGCUGCUGCCGCGAGGCGGUCGCGAGCAUCUUUGCACGUCAAUUCCUUCACUGGAAAGGGCUUUCGUCGUGGUUCAGGACCUGCUGUGUUUGUGUGGGGUAGGAAUGGACCUUCUCGAGUAGGAAAAGCGGCUCGACCUGGGAAACUGUUUUGGCAGUGUAGGUAUUAGCUAUGGCGUCGACUGGGGAGGUGAGUCAAGGAGAAGAAGAUUCCGAGGAUGAGGUGCAGAAGAAACCUGAGAUUCCCCUUUACUCAAUGCAAGCUUUGUGGGACGGGAAGAUGUCGUUGAAGGAUUUCGAGGUGAAAGGGGAGGAGAAACUCACAUUACCUCACGAUGUCUUUGAGCAUGACGAGGCCUUACCUGUGAUCGACAUCAGCGCGCUUUUAGGUACGGACAAAAAGAUUCGGGAUGAGAACAUGGCCGCGAUGCUGGAUGCGGCGAAGACAUGGGGUUUCUUCAAGAUCCGCAACCACGGAGUGCCUCUCGAAGUGGUAAAGAAAGUGGAGAGUAAUGUGAAGAAUUUUUUUGCGUUGCCCAUGGAGAAGAAAUUGAUGGUGAAGGCCAUCAACUUUGCUUUCGGGUACGUUGGGGGAUCCCCAGUCUCCUGGCGGUAUAAAUGGUGGCUGGAGGGACUGCACAUGAAAGUUAACUACCAGGCAAUAAGGGACAUGGUGAAUCUAGUGUGGUCUGAUGACAAAGACUUUGCUGAAGAAUUCAUAUCUGACCUGACCAGUUACUUCGACACCAUGCGAUACUUAUCACGCCUGAUCGUAGAAUGCCUAACUGAAGGCCUCAGCCUACCCCGCGACACCUACACCAAACUGGAAACGGAAAACGCUAUUUGCAAUGCGCGUGUGAACCACUACCCUGCAUGUCCUGACCCGUCUAAAGUGUUCGGCAUCCCAGGUCACACAGACCCUCAGAUGCUGUCAAUCCUCUACCAGGACGAUGUCGGAGGCCUGCAGGUGCUCAAGGAUGGCAAGUGGAUCGGUAUCCGUCCCGACGACUCCACCUUAGUGUGCAAUUUGGGUGAUACUUUCCAGGUAAUAACUAACGGCAUACUGCACAGCGCAGGCCAUCGAGUGGCCGUGAACGCCACCAGGUCCCGGUACGCAACCAUCUACUUCUACGGCAUUGACAACGUGAUACCGCUGUGCGUGCCACCCCAACUCGUCACCAAAGACCGGCCUCUCAAGUAUCGGCCGUUCACUGUACAUGAAUAUAGAGCACAUUGCGUAGAAAAACAGGUCCCCAUAGACGGAGUGAAGUUCCUAGAGAUCCAGCCCCAGUCCAACAAUCCCUCAACCUCACAGUCGAAAUCACCGCAAUAAUCACCACAGGAGACUGGUGCAGCUUUAAUUUUCUUCUUUUUCUUUUUCCCAUUCAAGUAGUAUACUGUACGAGUUGGAUAGAAAGGUAUAGCUGGGCCUGAAAGUUGAGCGGAAUCGAAUGUAAAAGCCUGUCUGGUAUUGCAUCUUCGGCGAUGCUGGAAGAUCCGUGGCUCAGACUGAUCACACUGACAACUUUACAGGAACCGGGGAGUCUGAUCAGCACCCACUAAGAGACGAACGCCGAUUCUUGUUGUGAAUGUCUACAUCUAGUUUAGCUUGGUGUAUGCUUCAAUUGCCAGUUUUUUAUGUAAGAGCAGAUGUCGAAAGGAACGAAUACAACAAGAUUGUCACGCUUUGCAGCAUCUGAACUUCCAUGCCGGAGGUCCAGAUAGUUUUUGAGGAUGAUUCCAGUGGAUAUUAUUGCUGACUAAUGUGUUGCAAAAUGACGAAA